AUGCGCGGCUCGAGCGCGCGCGUGAUGCGAGUCCUCUCGUCGCUGUCGCCGUCGCUGUCGCCGGAAUUCCUCGCCGCCGCGAGGCUCUCGGCGUCGACGUCGUCGUCGUCGUCGUCGGCGUCGUCGGCGUCGGCGUCGGCGUCGUCGUCGGCGUCGCGGACGUUCUCGUCCACGCCGAGCUCGCGUCUCUCCGACGACGAGCGACGACGCGCGGCCGCGUUCGCGGAGGCGAUUCGCGAGGAGCAGGAACGCCGCGCGCGCGAGCGGCGCCGGACGGAGGAGACGCGACGAUGGAGGGAGGACGACGGCGACGACGCGGAGUGGGUCGAGGUUCCGAUCUUCGCGUCUCGACCGCGCGCGGGCUCGAUGUUCGACGACGUGUUCGAUCAGAUGAUGCGCGACGUUCUCCAGAGGCAGAUGGAGAUGGAGGAGAGCGCGCGCGGCGAGGGCGGAAGAGGAGGGCCGGGCGCCGCGGGCGCGGGCGCGUCGCGUUCGAAGCGAACGACGCCGAAGCACGAGAAGAAGGCGCACGCGCGCGCGAGCUUCAGGCGCGCGAUGCGCGACCGGUUGGACGACGACGAAGACGACGACGAAGACGACGAAGACGACGAGUACGCCGCGUUCGAGCGCGCGCGCGCGGAGAUCCACGCGCGGAGGGUGCAGCAGCAGCGCAUGCAGCAGCAGCGCAUGCAACAGGAGGCGCAGCGACGGCGGCAGGCGCAGCAGCAGCGGCGAGAUCCGUUCGCCGCGUUCGGGGACGACUUCGACUGGAACGUCUUCGAACAGAUCAUCUUUCCGCAGAUGGGCGGCACGCACACGUUCAAACAGGGCGGGUUCACGUUCACGUUCAAGACCGCGCCGGGCGGGGGUCAACACCGCGGCGGGAACCCGUUCGGCGGCGGCGGGUUCUCGCGCCCGCCGAACUUUGGCGGCGGCGGCGGCGGCUUCGGAGGGCCGCCGCGCGCGUGCCCCGACCGAGCCGCGCUCGGGAUUUCGCCCACCGCGCCGCUGAGCGAGAAGGUGUUGAAAGAAUCGCUGCGGACGCAAGCGAUGAAGUGGCACCCGGACCGGCACAACGGCGCGGAGGAGAAGAAGAAAGCGGAGGUGAACUUCAAGCGGGUGUACGACGCGUACGACGCGCUGAAGCAACGCGUCGGGUACGAGUGA